CGUAGCUGUGCGGCUCGGCGCGCGACGCAGCGGUUUGGUGGGAGAUUUGUACCUUUUCAGGGAAGUGAGCUAUAUGACCUGUACGUUCAUGAAAAAUGGCUCUGAACUACCAGGCAUCUACCCUCUCGCUCACUCUGCCAAUUUCCUGCCAGAUAUGCCUCGGAAAGGUUAGGCAGCCGGUUAUUUGUUCCAACCACCACGUGUUCUGUUCAUCCUGCAUGGAAAUGUGGUUAAAGAAAGCUAACCAGUGUCCCACCUGCAGAGUCCCCAUCACAGCAGAGAACCCCUGCAGGGAAAUCAUCGGAGGAACAAAUGAGGGUGAUCACAGUGAUAGUCCUAAUGUGAGAAAAUGUCUCAGAAAAACCAGAGGGGAAUUACUUUUACGCGAGUAUGAGGAGGAAAUUGAAGGGCUCAUGAGAGAAAACGAGGAGCUGAAAACCAAAAAUCAAAGCCUGGAGGAGCAACUGAAAACUGCUUUGGAUCCCUGCAGCAUUGAUACAGUGCAACUGGAUGAACAAAGGGUCGCUCCAUUUGUCCUGGAGGAGUGGACAAACAAGCUGCGAGCAGCCACAGAUGUCUGUGAUAAAGUAAAGAAAGACAUGGAUAAGCUUAAAGAGGCAAAUAAGACAUUGCGGUCUCAAAAUGUCGACCUUGUGCAAGAAAACAUGAGACUGAAAGCAGAGGUUGCGAGCAGAUCUCCUCAGAAGUUUGGCCGAUACACAGUCGCAGCACUGGAAGCUAAAAUUCAGCAGUAUCAGCGCGAUGUGGACCACUUGAAAAGGGCCCUUGAGCGCAGUGACCAGUACAUUGAUGAGCUGGAGAGUCGGAUCAGGGUGUCUGAGAAGAAAUCUCUUGAAGUGCAGGAAGCGUGUGGGAGUUGCAAGGCUGUGAAGGAAACUCUCACACAGCAGCAGAAAGUCAACAUGAUGAUGAGAAGCUUGAGUGACAAUGAGAGGAAGUUGAUCUGCAGCAAUCCAGAGGCAGAAUGUGGGACAUUUUCUAGAAAUCACAGUUUGAUGUUGAUGCCAUCCGCAGAUGACAAAGAUUUCAGUAAAAAUCUGACAGGAAAGCAGAAAAACGAGGCCUCGGAAGGCACCUCCUCUGACUUUUUGCCCAGUACUCCAUCAUCUGCUUUCCGCUCCCUGACUCUGAGAAGCCCAGGCAUCCGUGAGAAGAAAGUUGCAUUUAAACCUGGGUCUUAUCUAAGGAGGCUUGAUUUUGAAGAGGUUCCCAGUCCUGAUAAGAGCAGUACCACACUGGAGAACCAAUUCAACGAUGUUGAGAAAUUCCCCAAAGGCUUGCCUCCAAAUGACUUGGAGCCCUCAAAGUCUGUCUUCUGGGCAGGCUGGGACAAAUCCAACUCUGACCAGUCAUGUACAGGUUCAAGUAAAGGAAGCUCUAUCAAGGGAUCCACUAAUUUUGUGGCUGAUGAGUCAGAUAGUUUCCAAAUGUCCAGUGAGGCCUGUAUGGAUGUAGCCUACAUGAACAAAAUCUCAGAGUUGGACUCCAUGAUGCUGGAGGGUGAGAGUUCCUGUAGUCCAGGGCUCUCUGUUGAUUCCUGUCUUUCCACAGAUAUGGACAACACCCUAGUUCCAGAGCCUCAAACAUGCCCUGAUGCCUUGUCAAGCCUUGCUGGUAAACCAGUGAUGCACAACAAACAUAACAACCACCAACCUUGUGACAAUAAGGAGAGCAUCUUGAACGACAAAGAAGCUCCAAAAGGUUCAGCAGAAGAAGGUUGUGCUGCAUUAGUCUCUGGUAGGAAGAGUGGCGUCUGUGGAGGGGCCUCUCAAACCGAAGAGCUAUCUUUUGAUUUGCUGUUUGAUCCUUCGGAUGAGAAUAAGGCCGGUCCCUCUGGCUUUCCAGCAAGCCAAGAUCAUGAUCUUGUAAACCCCUCCUCUUCCUCCUCUGGCCACACUGCUGGUCAGCCUGUGAACACAACAAGAGACAGACACACGCUGAACAGCAGUCAGCCAAUAAAGAGAAAGUCCCACAGUCCCUUUACCAUAAGCAGUCCCACGAAACAUUCAAAACUCAUGUGAAAAAUGGCAAAACAAACGUGUGUUCCUGGUGCACUUCUCUUGGUACAGUGUUAUGGUCAUUGUGUGAUGCUAGGAUGUAACUUAUUGUUAUUUGUCUGUUGUAAUAUUACAAGAAUUAAGCUAAAACAAGAUAGGAAUGUCAUAGUUUUUGUGCAAUGUGCUUGUAGGCCUCAUUUGUGAUGUGCAGCCUGGUGAUCAGUGUGCAUUGUAGUCCUAACCCAUGCUGUUUUGUUCUACUGUAGUUGGGGCUGAGACAUUUUCCAAGUAUACCUUCAGCCUUGUUUUCUGUAUUCUACUACUAUGGCUUGUAAUACUGAAGACAGGUGAAUAUGACUGUCAUUAAAAGUUGCUGAAUUAGAAAUUGUAAUGUAUAUUAGGAAAUGAAACGGGAAUGCAUUAAAUAAUCAAAAAAUUAUGAAAAUUAAUUUUGCCUUUCUGUAUUUAUGGUUUGCAUUGCCUGGUCCAAUAACUCAUCACUGGCAUUGGGGAUUAAUAUGUUGUGUACCAGUUACAUUUGUUUUUUCUCACAUUGUCCAUAUUUUUUCUAUUUUUGCUGGUAAUUUUGCAACACAUUAAACGAGUAAUUGUCGCCACUGAAAGUGGAACCAACACUGCAAAGCAUGCUGCCUGUAAUGACGCAC